AUGCAUCAACUGUCGAUAUCGCCGGGUCAAUGUACUGCAGCUUUUACAGUACCUCCGAGCCUCGGAAACCCCGAUGCUUUGCGUGCUGCACCGGCACUCGCAAUCGACGGUAACCAUUUGAAGUUGGUCGCUGAGAGCGUGCAAGAUGCAUGGACUUCCCACACAGAUCCCAAUGUCCAUAGAUAUCGCAUGCAUGGCUAUGACCGCCCGUAUGAGUUUAGCUUAGGAGUGAACUGGCUGAAAAGAUGUAAACGUUUACUUACUCACAUGUCUGGAUGGAAAGUCACUACAGCGAGUAAAUCCCGUGCAGGACAGAAAGCGAACUUGAAGUCCGCCGAGAGUCCAUCGCUGACUGAGCGAGUCUGGGCGUAUAAAUCAACAGAACUAGACACAAAUGCCAUUCAAUCCGAGUCCCUCCUAGCCGAACUAAACAUCCCACUGGACCACAAUGCCGUCGAAAUUCGAAAUAUUGUUGAAGGCAGCGUGUGCUUGCUGGGAUUCAACAUGUCGCCAGGCAGCGUUGCGCUGUCCAAGUCAUUUGUGAUGUGUUGGUACGGUCGUUUGGGAGAAUGGGAAAUUACUGAGGUCGAUGAUGCAUUGCGACCCAAGUAUCUCCGAAGGUGUCGACCAUUACUUUCUGAAUGAGCGCUCGUAUGUCUGGUGUGAGGCACUUAGCAAAAUGAGAUGAAUACGACGAGUCAAAAAUACAAACAGAAGCAAAA